GAUUUUUUGCUGGGAUUCUGUUUAAGAAAAACCACCCAGCUGCAAGCCCACCACUGUUCCGGGCCUCAAUCAAAUCUUUUCACCCCGAAACUCUGGCUGAGCAUUGGAAGCCGCUGGAGGUCUAAAAAAAAAUGGGGAACCAUCGCAGAAGCCGCGGAGGUGGCGAUGACGAGGCCGAAACGGACGCCGCUAGUCAAGAGCUCAGCACAGGAAUCACCGUCGCCCAGCCGCAACAAUCAACAAUUCCGAGCGAGAUAGCGAAUGGCGAACGCGACUCCCGCGAAAGCUCCUCGCAGACUCACAGCAGUGGAAGCUUGAAAAGAUCGGCCCCUGACGAUGACGAGGGAUGGACCAAAGUCGAGCGAGGCAACAAGAAGCGCAAGAAGGUCCCUCGCGAAGGCUCCAACAACUAUCCCGCCAUCACCUUCUCCCCGAGUGCGAAGCUGUUCGCUAAGAUCAACCUCGCCAUGCUUCGCGACCUUGUUCUCUACCUCUUCGCUGACGGAACGGGUCCGAACUGGGUCUCCGUUUCGCACCGACCGUACUUCAGAAAGAUUGUAGUCUUGAUGGUACCCGGGUUAGAGGAAGCCAUGUUCAACGAGGCCGUGAACUUCGACAAGUAUACCUCCGGCUCGGCUAGUAAUCAAGACCGCACAGAAACGACGCCCGACGACUACUACCCCCGGCCACUUUCGGCUGAACGCCUACCGAUUGCGCUCCAGGGAUUCGCCAACAUGUUCCCUCACCUAUGGCCUGUCAAGGCACCUGGCGACGACAAGUACAUGAAACUUCACUCGCCCAUGGGUACCUUUCUUACCGCGCCUAUGGCCAAGAACAAAGACGAGAGAAAGGGUCCUAAGCCGGCGAGGGAGCCUAGUGGCUGGAAGAACGAGCGAACACGUAUUACCGAAUUUUUAGCCACACUCGAGGAACUGGAAAAUGCUGGGCAUCUCAUCCACCCGGCGCUCAUAGAGAAUGAAGAGAGAAGAGCGGCAUUCAGGGUUCCAGAUGGAUGGGUUGUAUCCAAAGUCGACAAGCUUGAAGAUGGUGAAGUGCCCGAGGCGGACAUUGAACAGGGCAGCGUGACAGCUGGCCGAGAGUGUCUCGCCUUGGACUGCGAGAUGUGCAUGACGGGCGAGAGCGAAUAUUCUCUUACACGCAUUAGCGUCAUUUCAUGGUCAGGAGACCUGCUUAUGGACGAACUGGUGAAACCAGAGAAACCCAUCACCAACUACGUCACCCAGUUCUCCGGUAUCACAGAGGAGAUGCUGAAACCGGUGACGACCACACUGCAGGAUAUUCAACGGAAGCUCCUCGAGCUAAUUACCCCGCGAACUAUCCUCAUCGGACAUUCGCUCGAGUCUGACUUGAAGGCUCUUCACUUCUCUCAUCCCUUCAUCGUCGAUACCUCCCUCAUCUACCCGCAUCCGAGAGGCCCGCCUCUUAAAUCAUCUCUCAAAUGGCUGACUCAGAAGUAUGUGAACCGUGAGAUCCAGAAAGGCGGCGCCAACGGACACAACCCGAUCGAGGACGCUCGCGCUUGUCUGGAUCUUGUUAGACAAAAAUGCGAGAAAGGAAAGAUGUGGGGCGCAUCUGACUUCCAGGGUGAGAAUCUAUUCCGCCGGCUGGCCAGAGCUGGAACUGCAUACAAGGCCCAGGGCGGCGAGGCAGGUGGUUUGGUAACAGGCAAAACGAGCGCUGCCGUGGACUGGGGUGACCCAUCCAAGGGCCCUGGUGCUGGAGCCACGUACCAAGUCGGUUGCAAAUCCGAUGCAGACGUUGUCAACGGCGUCAUUCGAGCUGUAAAGGGCGACGCGGACGGGUUGGAAAUCCCAGGCGGUGGUGUUGACUUUGUGUGGGGUCGGAUGCGAGAGCUUGAGGCGUUACAAGGCUGGUGGAACAAGAACCGAGUUGACAGCGCCAACAGCGAUGGCGGUCCUCCCGAAUCUGAUACCAAGCUGGAUGGAAAGCUCGGCAAGUCGCCUCUGGAGCAGUGCUUGGCCCGUCUCUCCGCCUCUCUCGAGACCAUUCACGCGAGCCUUCCACCCUGCACGGCCUUCAUCGUCUACUCGGGCUCCGGUGACCCUCGCGAAAUGAGCAGGCUCCAGGCCAUGCACUCGCAAUGGAAGCGAGAAUACAAUACCCCCGGAAAGAAGUGGGAUCAGCUGUCUGUCAAGUGGACGGAUGAGGAGGAACAAGCCCUUCGACGUGCAGUUAAAAAGGCCAGACAAAGCGUCGGGUUCAUUGGUGUGAAAUAACCACGUCGGCCACUUUGGGGAUUGGCACAUUCUCGGAGGAGCUUAUGAAGGUCCAUCAAACGCCUUCAUAUCGUCGACGAACAUCAGCUAACACAACAACACGCGGGACUGUUGAGAAGGGAAAUAUGUUAUACCUCAGCGGUAACUGGUCUGGUCAGAUACUCUUAUAUGAUACCCCUAGGUCAUAGUAUAGAAAGGAUACCCGCUUUUGGGAGGGACCCGAGAUCUCGGCAUCCGGCAGGAUGUCCAUUGCAAAGAGACAUCCAUUCGCCUUCUUAAGCGUGGCGACACAUGGUAUUCUCUGCGGAGGACAGGGCGACGACAUGUUACUUUCAAAUUAGUUCUGCCAUCGGUAAACCAUCUGUGUUUACACAUGUCCACGGAAGUGUGAGCAACGAUUGAUCGCUUCCGCUUAGGGUCACCAAC